GAGUAAAAUAGUAAUUACUUAAAAAGUCAUUAAAUUUACAAAAAAACACUAAAGCUCUUAAUAUCUUUUGCAAUUAACCCAGUAAAGAAAAGAGUGACAUGUAUACUCUCUCAAUUACAAACCCCAUUUCUUGAGCUGCUCUUCUCCAUUUCCUGCACCGCUCAGUCGCCCUCCUCUUCCAUCAAAUUUUGUCACGUAAUCCUUCAUCUUUUGUCACGAUUCAGCCGCCCUCCUCCUCUAUCAUUUUCUAUCACGAUUCCAUCCGUCCUCCUCCUCCAGCCGUCAUUUUCUUUGACGAGUUACUGACCCAGGAGAUUAUUGAUACUUUUGCAGGUAACUGCAAACCAUUGUGGCGUUUAACAUUGCAAUUAAUAGUGUUCAAAUGAUCCAGCUGUGACCAAAAUGAGCAGCUCAAGAGAGAAUUCUCCGGAUUGGCUGCACUGUUUCCAGGCUCCAAUUCAUUCAACUGUCACAUUGUCCUCGGAUUCUGAUUCUUUACCAAAUGUUAGUCCUUCUAGAGGUGACCAAAUUGAUUCUCAAUCUCCUAAGAGUGAAAGCGGUGCACAAUCUCCAUCAAAUCAGAUUCUUAAAGCAAAGGCUCCAAAAAGAGGACCUGUAGAAGAUGAGACACUAACAGCAAAUACGAGGAAGAAAAAUAAGAAGGCAAAGGAGAAACAAGGGGAUGAGGCUGAUGGGCAGGAUACUGAGGAAGCAACAACUGACACACAUAUAGAAUCUCAUGCAGCAAAGCGUUCAAUUUGGGCAUUAUCAUCAGAUUCAGAAUCUUGUCCUGAUGAUAGCUCUCAGAGGAAGACAAAAAGUAAUCAACCCAAAGAGAGUAGAAAGGAGAAGGAUGCAAUUCUUGUUGAUAACAGCGUGGAGAAGGCAUUGAAGGGAAAAUCUCCAAAGAAACUGCUAAAAGUUGAGGGUCGUAAACUAAAGAAAAAGGAGAAUAAAAAUGAUGAUGUGCCAAAAACAGGAGACAAUGAUGAUGUUGAAGUUGCAGAUGAAGACGUUUCUGAGAAGCAUACUGGUCCUCAAGUUUCAACAUCAAUGAUACCUUUGCUGCUCUCGGAUAAAGUCAGUCGUACAAAGGCUCUUGUGGAAUGCGAAGGUGAAUCCAUAGAUUUGAGUGGCGACAUGGGGGCUGUUGGAAGAGUAGUAAUUCCAGAUGGCUCUUCUGGUAAUCAUGAAAUGUACUUGGAUUUGAAAGGAACAAUAUACAGAACAAAAAUAGUUCCUUCCAGGACAUUUUGCGUUGUUAGCUUUGGUCAAUCAGAAGCAAAGGUUUGUUCACUAUUUCAUCUUUCUCCUCCUGUGGUCUCUCAUUUCAUAUCUUGUAUUCUUUCUGGUCAGAUAGAGGCUAUUAUGAACGAUUUCAUUCAGCUGAAAGCACAGUCUAAUGUCUAUGAAGCUGAAACUAUGGUUGAAGGAACGCUUGAGGGGUUUUCUUUUGACUCGGAAGAUGAGGCUGAGAAGAUGCCGAAACCUGUUUCUCAUCAAACAGAUCAAAAUGAUGGCAAUGAAGAACAAAUGAAUGGAAAAACUAAACGAAAGGCUAAGAAAUCAUCUGGAGCGGCACAAAAGAAGGGUAAAACUGGAGGAGGCAAGCCCCGGCCAGCAAAGAAAGUAAAAAAGAAAGCUCAAGUGCCAAAGAAAGCCAAGACUAGAAAAUGAGACCAAUAUACAUUUAUUUGCCGUUUUUCAUUGAUUAAUUCUUUUCGACUUAUUAUUUUCAUAUUUACUGAAAUCAUGAACUGAAGGAGCUUUAUUAACACUAGCUAAGUGUAGAAUAAAUGCCACACUUGCAUCA